ACUCCAUAACUUCCUUUGGUUCUCUCUCCAUCUUCAGCCAUUAUUUCUAGCAUAUUGCAUUAAAUACUCAUUUACUAUCUUACUCCUUGUUUCUUUGACUCCUUUUGAGUUUUCUUUGUAUUGUUUUCCACAACUUUGAACUUUCAACUUCACAAAUAAUCACUGUUAAGUUUAUUGUUCUUCUUUAGCAUCAACUUCCCCUUUGCCUUCCCCUCCCCGGAGAUUCCUAAAAAUGGACACAAAUGAAGAAAUAGGAUUGACCCAAAUGAGGAAAUCAGUUGAAAACCUUGGUUCUUCCACUGAUGGUUAUGGAGAACAGACACUAAUGAGGUUCUUGAUUGCAAGAUCAAUGGACCCACAAAAAGCUGCAAAGAUGUUUAGUCAGUGGCAAAAAUGGAGGGCAGAAAUGGUUCCAAUUGGGUACAUCUCCGAUUCUGAAGUUGCUGAUGAAUUAGAAGCUAAAAAAAUUUAUUUGCAGGGAUUAUCCAAAAAUGGGCACCCUGUUAUGAUUGUCAAAGUUAACAAGCAUUUUUCUUCCAAGGAUCAAGUUCAAUUCAAGAAAUUCGUGGUUCAUCUACUAGACAAAACAAUUGCAAGCGCUUUCAGAGGUAGAGAAAUAGGAAAUGAGAAACUUAUUGGAAUUCUUGAUCUCCAGAAUAUUACCUAUAGCAAUGUUGAUGCUCGUGGAUUAAUCACCGGUUUUCAGUUUUUACAGGCUUACUACCCUGAGCGUUUAGCUACUUGUUACCUUUUACACAUGCCACAGUUCUUUGUCACUGUAUGGCGAUUUGUUUGUCGCUUCCUUGAAAAAGCAACUCAAGAGAAGAUCAGGAUUGUUAGAAGUGAAGAAGAAAGGGAAGAGUUCAUCAGAGAGGUUGGUGAAGACGUCUUACCGGAGGAGUAUGGAGGGCGUGCUAAAAUUGUACUUUUGCAGGAUGUUGCUGUGAACUACUAACACAAAGAAGAGGAUUAAUAGAAAGGGAAAAUAAGAGCAAAUCAUAGGCAUACUAUUUAUGUCUAUUUUAUGUUACUAAAUUUGUACACCUGGUUUCCUUGUCUUAUAGAAAAUCCAGAAACGUUCUGUAGUACUCGACUGCCACAGUUCAACCUAACUCUUUCGAGGUGAUUGAGUAAAUUUGCAAAUCAUAACUUGAGAAUGCCAUAAAUGUGAAAAGUGUUUACAGUUUA